AUGCCGAGCUGCUUCCACGAGGUCUUGUUGAAUCUUGCGCCUCUGCCACGGGAUGCAGUCCUGUCAUUUCAGCCUCUCCUCUUGCCCUCCCAAGUACACGAUGGCAACGAAGUCGAUAUACUCAAAACGAUCUUACCGAAGGAGACUAUGGAGACUCUUCGUGAUCUAUGGCAGGACCUACCAUUGCAACCAAUACAUAUCAAAGAUCAAGCACAACACGCCAUGGUACAGGCCGAUGACAUGGGCACGCUCACCUUUUCCGCAGCGAUUGAGUGCAAGGACUUUUGGGAAUCGAAGCCCUGGAAGUCGUCUGAGUUCCUCGAGGUGACACGAGAUACACUUGUCGACCGCAACGUGGAAUCACCAUUGCUUCGCAUGUCCUGCGCGCCACUAGACAUUAUGGUUGAGCAGACUUCUUGGUUUGACCGUGCGAUACGCUGUCUUCCCAAGACCUUUCCACCGUCCUUGAAGACUCUGGUCAUCCAUGCAGUUUCAAAGGGCCCUCAGGAGAUGGCACAUUCCGAGAGUGAAGACGACUGGCAUACACCGUGGCAUGCGGUACUGCGCCAUUUUUCAGAGCUCGAACAUCUCGCGUUCCUCUGCAACCGGUCAAUAUCCAACUUCAAUGCCUUCGACCUCGUCGACGCACUCAGUCCCACUUCACGCACUCUACCCUGUCCGCAGUUGCACGAGCUUGUCCUCUUCUACGAUUGUGACAUCAAAACGCUGGGUGACGAAGAGCGCAAUGACAGCAGGCUGAACACAUUGCUCACCAACUUGUACGAAACGCUCACCAAACGCAAUGGGCGCAAGUCCCGCUUAAAACUCCUCGUUCUCAUUUUGCGAGCUCAGAGAGACGCGGGCAAGUCCUCGGUCGUCGAGGAAUUACCGGACCGUAGCCUCGAGGAGAAAUUGAAGUCCGUGGUUGAUCAAUUGGAGGUCAAGGGCAGAUUGCACAGCUAUGAAUAG